UGUCGGAAAAUUUUCCCAUUUGUUGUGAUUGUGAAUUUGUUCGAAAUUGAUUUUUGUUUAUGUAUAAUUCAAUCACAAAUGGUUAUCAUUAAAUCCUUUUUAUACAGGCCAUUACCAUUAUACGCUAAUGUUAAAUGGUUCAAAUGCAUCAAUGGUCAGUUUUCAUCGCAGCGGACUAUAAUCCAAGCACUUAAACCCAUUGUUUCUGUGACAAAAUGCGUCAACCAUAAAAUAAAGGAGAAAAUAUUGAUCAAAUCACAAAUAGCUACCCGAACAUUAUGUUCGUCAUCAUCUGAUAGUUCGAAAAAAGCAAACAAUUCGAACGAUCAGAAAAAUGACGAGGAAGAAAGUUCAGUUCCUUUACUAAUGAACUUUGUUCCAAGAGGAAUGCCGAAUCUAUUCAUGUCAUUGAAAAAUUUUUACAUCAUAAAUUUGGUCAUACGAAAUCAUAUUGAUAGGAAUUUCACAUUCACUAAUUUCGUCGAAGGUGCAAAGCAAGCAUUGAUUUAUGUAUCAUCGCAUUUGGCCAACAACAAGUUAAAUGAAUUGGAAGGAUUAAUAGAACCGAAUGCCUUGGCUGAAAUAAAGCAAAAUUAUGAAAAACUUAGCAUGGUUCAGCGACAAGAAUUUCAGCUACAAUCCAGUGAUAUUGUACUUGCUUUCGCUCAUCACAUUGAUGUAGCGACGAUGAAAGAAGAAUUUACCGGCACUCGAAAACAUGUCGUCACCUUUUUCAUUGUUUUCGAUUGCAUUAAAAACUUACAGGAUACAUUGCAGGAAAAAGCUCGCUCUAAUCAAAAGAUAAAUACUCGAGAACUAUUUCACGAAUUCCAUGACCGUAAAAUUAUUUGUAAUUAUGAAUUUCAACGUGAAUAUAUUGAAGGUGUACAAGGCGCUGGCGAUAUAAAAAAAACUGACUGGAUAAUCACAAAAUUGUUAUACAUUAAGGAAAAAGAUUUAAUUAAAUUGAAUCAUAUGAAAUAAAAUCAAUCAAUAUAAUUUAGAAAAAUUGAUCA